CAUGGAGCCCUCUCAGUCCUCGUCGACCGUAAACGGCGGCCAGUCCUCGUCUCCUAAGUCCGCAGACUAUGUCUACUUCGACCGCACGACGGCUGGCUUUUCAGAUGACGCCGUGCCGCGUGCCAAGGCGGCCCAGCUCAGGCUCGAGCACUACUACGGGGUUGCAGUGGAAUCUGCGAUCGAACGCAACACCCGGCGUGUCGAGCUGGAGAGGAAGCUGGCUGCCGAUCCGACCAUGUCAGAUGAGCGCAAGCAGCGCCAGCUGCAGCAGCUUGGCAAGCGCGAAUCCGCUUUUCUGCGACUCAGAAGGACGAAGCUCGGACUAGAUGACUUCCGCACAGUCAAGGUUAUUGGAAAGGGUGCGUUCGGUGAGGUUCGAGUAGUACAAAAGACAGACACUGCCAAGAUUUACGCUAUGAAAACGCUGAAGAAGGAAGAGAUGCUGAAGAAGGACCAGCUGGCACACGUCCGCGCGGAGCGGGACGUCCUUGCAGAGUCAAAUUCACCAUGGGUGGUGCAACUUUAUUACUCCUUCCAGGAUCCCACGUAUCUUUACCUUGUCAUGGAGUUUCUACCCGGAGGCGAUUUGAUGACGAUGCUUAUCAAGUACGACACGUUCUCCGAGGAUGUUACACGAUUCUAUAUCGCGGAGUGUGUACUGGCAAUAGAGGCCGUUCACAAACUCGGAUUCAUCCAUCGUGACAUUAAGCCGGACAACAUCCUCAUUGACAAAGAAGGCCAUAUCAAGCUGUCAGACUUCGGACUUUCGACUGGAUUCCACAAGCAGCACGAUUCUACAUACUACCAACGUCUGCUGGACUCUGCCAAUGGUGUCACCUCGCCAACCUCGGCCGCGCGGAAUAGUGUCAUGGUCAACGCUAUUCAUCUCACGAUGUCAAACAAAGACCAGAUCGCGACAUGGAAGGCGAACCGUCGAAAACUGGCUUACUCCACCGUCGGUACACCGGAUUACAUUGCUCCCGAAAUCUUCCUGCAAAAGGGCUAUGGUAACGAAUGUGACUGGUGGUCGUUGGGUGCAAUCAUGUUUGAGUGUCUUGUCGGCUACCCGCCGUUCUGCUCUGAAUCGACGCACGACACGUACCAGAAGAUCAUCCGAUGGCCUGAUUACCUGAUGUUCCCCGACGACGUGCAUCUCAGCAGGGAGGCUGAGGAUCUCAUCCGACGGUCAAUCACAUCACAAGACCGCCGAAUGAAUGUGGAGCAGAUGAAGCACCACCCGUUCUUCUAUGGUGUUAACUGGACCUCGAUCCGCCAGAUUGAAGCUCCGUUCGUGCCACGACUCCGUUCAAUGACAGACACGUCGUACUUCCCGACUGACGAGCUCGAGCAUGUGCCCGAGGAACCUGUCGGCGGCGAUGCGUCUGGUGCAAACAAGGAUCUGGCAUUCCUCGGGUACACAUUCAAGCGAUUCACAAUCUCAUCUCAAGCGUUCUGAUCGAGAUCUGGACCUACGAGCGUCGACAUACAAGCGGCUUCAAUCUCUUUACACACAACAUCCUUCGGGUUUUCCACUUGACACUGGCAUCGUACACUCCAAGCUCCUGCAUCACGUUUCUCUUCCUUUUCGCUCGCUCACUCCACUGCUUGUAGCGUCCUAACCUUAGUUUUGUAUGUUCAGCGGGCCUGCAUCACGUCAUACUCCUGGAAUACACUCG